AUGGUGGUCAUUGACGGGAUCGACCUCGACCAGUACUAUGUGUUGAAGGUACCUUACAAUGGCACGAUCGCCACGGGAGGUGACUCUUUGAAGGAUGACUUGAACAUCUGGUACGAGACUGGCGACAUCGCGUGGAUGAUCGUCGCCACGGCCCUCGUCCUGCUGAUGAUACCGGGAGUUGGCUUCUUCUACUCGGGCCUGGCCCGCCGCAAGUCGGCCCUCUCGCUCAUCUGGCUCUCGGUCAUGGCCACCGCCGUCACGACCUUCCAGUGGUUCUUCUGGGGCUACUCGCUGACUUUCUCCCACACGGCGGGCAAGUUCAUCGGCGAUCUCGCCAACUUCGGGUUCAGGGGGGUCCUGGCGCAGCCGUCGGUGGGGUCGGCGCGCAUCCCGGACCUGCUCUUCGCCGUCUACCAGGGCAUGUUCUCGGCCAUCACCGUGGCGCUGGCGACGGGCGCCGUCGCCGAGCGCGGCCGCAUGCUGCCCUGCGUGCUCUUCAUGUUCAUCUGGGCGACGGCCGUCUACGACCCCAUCGCCUGCUGGACGUGGAACCCGAGCGGGUGGAGCAACCGGAUGGGCGGGCUCGACUUCGCGGGCGGCACGCCCGUGCACAUCGCGUCCGGGUCGGCGGCGCUGGCCUACUCGAUGAUGCUGGGCAAGCGCCGCGGGCACGGCACGCACGAGCUCAACUACCGCCCGCACAACGUCGCGCACAUCGUCGUCGGCACCGUCUUCCUCUGGGUCGGCUGGUUCGGGUUCAACGCGGGCUCGGCCAUGGCGGCCAACAUGCGCGCCAUCAUGGCCGCGCAGGUGACCAACCUCGCGGCGUGCAUGGGCGGCAUCACCUGGUGCGUGCUCGACUACCGGCUGGAGAAGAAGUGGUCGACCGUCGGGUUCUGCUCGGGCGUCGUGGCCGGCCUUGUCGCCAUCACCCCUGGAUCAGGAUUCGUGCCCGCCUGGGCGGCCGUGCCGUACGGCGUGCUCGGCGCCGCCUGCGCCAACUACGCGACCAAGCUCAAGUUCGUGCUGCGCGUCGACGACGCCCUCGACAUCUUCGCCGUGCACGGCGUGGGCGGCCUCGUCGGCAACAUCUGCACGGCCUUCUUCGCCGCCGACUACAUCGCGCACCUCGACGGCGUGACCGUCAUCGAGGGCGGCUGGCUCAACGGCCACUGGGUGCAGCUGGGCUACCAGCUCGCCGACUCCUUCUCGGGCGGCUGCUACUCGUUCGCCUGCACGACGCUGAUCCUCUUCCUCAUGAACAUGGUGCCCGGCCUGCGGCUGCGGGCCCGCGAGGACGCCGAGGUCGCGGGCAUGGACGACGCCGAGAUCGGCGAGUUCGCGUACGACUACGUCGAGGUGACCCGGGAGGUGCUCAACGGGGAGGAGGAGGAGCAGCGGGCGUCGCCGAUGGACAACCACUCGUUCGUCUCGAGGGACACGGCGCGGUACGGCGGCAUGGCGGAGAAGGACAGCAUCCCGCUGAGGGACGUGAGGAUGUAUGCCGGGCAGCCGUCGUCACACUAG